GCUUAGCCCUCCGUUGUUAAUUACAGAAAUUAAUAGUUCUUCAUGGUAUCACAGCUUUUCUCACGUUCCAACGAACGUCGCUGCAAAUCCUAGCAGCCCCCUCCUCUCUCUCGCCAUACAGCAGCCCCAAACCGCCAGCAGCUCCUCGCCAGCAAUUCCAGGCGGCCCUCCCCCUCUCGGCAGUGCUCUCCCCCCCUCGGAAUAUUCACGACAGUUCCCUCCCUCACGCAGGCUUCUUCCUCUCUCUACGGCAACCAUGUCCGAGAAAACACCCGUCACAGGUGCCCAAUCAUCUUCCUCCACUCCCCACUUGGCGUUCACGACCAUCUCCAACGUGAAACUCCAUGUACCGAUCCUCCUCAGUUUUUCCGAGCCGAACUACAAAAAAUGGAGCCGGCUUUUCCUCCUUCUCAUCCGGCGGUUCUCUUUGGUAGAUUUCCUCACCGGCAAGUCCUCUCCUUCAAGCGACGACGACUCUGAGUGGUUCCAACUUGACGCACUCAUCCAAGGUUGGAUCCAAUCUACAGUGAACGAUGAAGUUUGCGAUCUAGUCCUCUCCACCACAAAUUCAACCUCGGAGCUUUGUAAAUCCAUUUACAAUAUGUUUCACGACAACAAACCGGCCCGGGCUAUACAACUUGAGCACCAAUUCCGGACGACAACGAAGGGUUCUCUCUCCAUGGCCAUUUAUUGCCAAACCCUACGCAAUCUCGCGGAUUGGUUGGACGAUGUAGACGCCCCCGUCUCCGAGCAACAACUUGUUCUACAAGUUCUUCGUGGCCUCCCGGACGAUCUUCGGGCACAAACCUCUUUUCUUCAAUACCAAACGCCGCCCCCGACCUUUCUUCAAACCCGGUCGGCCGUACUUCUUAUUGAACAACAACGGGCUGAGUUGGGGGUCGGUAGUGUGGCAGGAGACGGCGGGACAACCCUCUAUGCCGGUAGUGGAGGCGUCAGCAGUGGCGGAACUCGGCGCCAGGGCAGCGCCAAUGGCAGCCGCAUUGAUUCCAGCGGCGGUGGUGGUUAUGGACAGCAGCGGCAGCAUGGUGGACAACAUCGGGGUCGUGGUCGCGGCCGAAGCUUCAGGUCAAAUGCAUGAAACACCCUCGGGUAGAAUUCUGGACAGUUAAACCACCCAAACACCAACCCGGGUCUUCUUGGCCCUCAUCCAAACCCUCACCCGCACAACCCCUAACCCCAAGCCUAUUUCUCCACCCAAUACCCCUACCCACCACCUCCCCCCUCACCCGGUUCACCCUAUGGCCAAAACAGCCCUUACCCCAACCCUU